AUGGAGGAAAUAAGAACUUCUGGAGCGAUGGGGACUGAAGAUGUGUUGAAUAGCGUUAAUCCUUAUCGCUAUACUUCCCAGAUCCCCAAUGGCAAGGGUAAUAAUAAUAUAAAUGCCAAGAUAAAUGGGAAUAACACUUUAACUAAUAUGAUUAACAGGAGUAUAGCGAAAAAUAUGAACCAAAAUGGAGGUAAUAAUGGGAUGCGUAAUUCUAUGAGGCUGAGCUUGAGAAACUCGCUUCCACGUAGCUCUAUUGGGCCACAACUUUCACAGCCAACUCCACAGCUAAACUCAACUCAAAAUAGUACGUAUCAUAACACGUCGAGGGAUCCAAGACCGUUGAGGGAUAAGAAUUUCCAGAACUUGUUACAACAUGAAAUAUUCAGCUAUCUUUCUGAUCAGAAGUUUGACGUGGAAACCAACCAUCCGAUCUCGUUGAAAUCCUUGAGACAGCCAACGCAAAAGGAUUUCAUCUAUAUGUUCAAAUGGCUAUAUCUUAGGCUAGAUCCUGGAUAUGUUUUCACGAAAUCUUUGGAACAUGAGGUGUACUCUAUCUUAAGAACGAUCCAUUAUCCAUAUUUGGCAACAAUCAAUAAGUCUCAGAUAUCUGCAGUUGGUGGAUCCAACUGGCCAAAGUUUAUUGGGAUGCUACAUUGGUUAGUUGUCAUCAAUAAGAAGUUGGAUGAAUGUUUGGAGCAUUUGGACAUGUCUAUCAAUAACCAGGUGACACAAGAUAUAACUGUGUUAAAUCAGCCCUUGAAAACCGUGGAACAACAGGAGAAGAAGCAAGAGAAGUAUGAGCUUAUGGUUGAAAGGCUCUUCAUUGAUUAUAUCACCGAGUCGUACAAGAGUUUUCUAAGGCUUGAAGAUGACUAUGAGCCAUAUUUACACGAUCUGGAGCUUACUUUCCAGAGGUUUGUUCAUAUCAUUGAAACCGACAUUGCCCAGCUGACCUCUACUAAUGAACAACUGUCUGUAGAGUGUGAAACAAUAGUUGCGAAAAACUACGAUCUGAAGACUAUUAAAGAGAAAAAUGUGGCUUUAGAACACGAGUACAAGAGGCUAAGUCAUAGCGUCCAGAAUACGGAAAGCAAGAGUAAGGAAUGGCCCGAGAAGUUAAAAGAGCUAGAAGCCGAAAUUGAGAAAAAGAAGAAAGAUAUCAGGCAUGUGAGUACUCAAAUAGAUGAUCUGAAUGCUAUCUUGAAGAAAAAAAAUGUGAGCGGAGAAGAAAUUGAAAACAAGAAUCGUGAGAGUGAUACCAUUUCGAAGAAUUUAGACACCGUGUCUUCUAGACUAGACCAAUUCACUGGAUUAGUAAGGCAACAACGGCUCGAAACAGAAUCUGUUUAUAAAAACUUACAGGAUACCCUAAAGCAGUACAAAUCGGCCACGGAAGGUUUAAUAAUAGCAAGAAAGAAUGUCGGCGAUAAAAUUCCGGAAUCCUCUAUCCAAUUAACACUACCAUCUGAUCUAAUGAGCGAAGAGAAAAUUGGUCUGACUGUAGAGGAACUUAUAGGUGAGGGGAAGUCCUUCACUGAGUCUGCCAAAAAGAAUCUACACAAGAUAGCAGCGGAUAUACAGGAAAGAAUUACAAGUAUACAAAGUGAAAACUCCAAGUUACAAGAGAGUCUGGAGGACCUAAGAAACGAAAUAACAGUAAAGAAUGAAGAACUUGAGCUUUUGGAGCAAGAAUUAUCGUCUGUGAAAACGGAACACGAAGAAUUUAGACAGGAGUCACAAAGUCAAUUACUUUCGCAGAAUAUAACGAUUGAAAAACUUGAAAGGAAAAUACAAAAUGCUCGCGUUGAAUCACAGCAAAAGAUAUCUAAGAUUGAAAGAGAUGCCGAACAAACAAAGCUGGAGCUCGAAGAGCUGAAAAUACAACAGAGUAGACAACGUCUUGAACUCCACAAUAAAAUUAUUGAUCUUAUUGAAUACGUCUCCAAUUUCAAAAUAAAAACCCAAUCGUCUUUAGAAAGUCUGCAAAAUGCAACUACUAGAGAACUCGAACGUCUCAAAAACGAACCAUGA